GAAUGAGCUGAUUGGGGAUGGGGAAUGACACGGACAUCUACAUAGUGGAGGAGCUGAUGAAGAAGAGGCAGCGCAAGGGGAAGACAGAGUAUCUGGUCAAGUGGGUGGGAUGGAGCGACUCACACAACAGUUGGGAGCCAAAGGCAAACAUCCUAGACAAAAACCUCAUCGCAGACUUCGAAGCAGAAUGGCAAAGCAAAAACAAAAGCUCUGCUUCCAAAGAAAAUCCCUCCUCCUCAGUUGAGAAAUAUCAUCAUCACAAAGUCAACAACUUGCAAAUAUCAACACAAGAAAGCUCAAUAACUACUGGUGCUAACAGUACACCCUCGAGAACAAACACAAGUUCUUCCAUCUCUUCCUCGGCUUCAGAAACCGAUUUGAGUUCAACGAACUAUCGCAAACGAAAGUUCCAAAUCGAAGAAACGCCCCCUGAAAAAGGCGUGAAACUGUCCUCAUCAAGUAACUUUACAUUCCCAAAUUCUAAUUCAAUCUCACCCGACCAGUUUCCUAACGAAGUAGAUGCUAUUGAAAUAGGGCAAAAAGAUGCGUCGAAAAGAUCCUCUCGGAAAAUUCCAGGAGCAGCGAAGAGGUCCAGAGUCUACCCGAGUAGUUUGAACCAGAAGAGCGUGAGUGUUACAGAAGUGACGGCCCAGAACUUAACAGUCAUAAUAGCCGAAAGUCCCACUCCAGAAGGCUUUUUCGAAAACUAUCCACAAACAAACUGAACUUUGUCAUUUAUUGUUUGUUAGUAGGAGAAACCUAAUUAUGAUUAGAAGUUAUGCAAACGAAAGCAAAUGCUCCCAUCAUAGUCUGAGAUGAAUGACGAUUUAUUGAGCAUGGAAUCGAUUCAGUCAUUCUAAUGUGAAAUGCCGUCAUCUUAAGUUCGACCAGAAUUAGAGAUUUUCGUUCGUCAAUUUUAUUUAUCGAAAUUUCUUUGUGAAGUAGUAGUUAUUCGUUAUAGUUAUCUAUUGUGGGUUAGAGCAAUAGUCUAUGUUCCCCGAAUGAAGUGGAACAAAUUGAUUCGUAUUCUAUUUUAAUGUCUUCUCGAUUUAAUUGAUGACUUCCCUGUGUUCACAGCACAAAAAAUGUUCGUGAUAAUGCUUCAAUUUAUACCAAAGGCGGAUCUAGGGUUUUUUUCCUGUAUUUCAAACAUGACUGGUGCCCUGCGGUGCGAUUCCUGUUUUAGUAUGCUUUCGGAGACGAAAAAAGAAUCAAAAUAUGGUAACCUAUCAUAACUAGACAACAAUUCAUCUCAAAUUGUCGCUGCAGUUACAACUAGGGUUGUUAAAAUUCUGUUUUCAUUAAUAAAAAACUUUUAAAACGUUUUAAAACACUGUUUACAAUCUAAACUCGAGAAAAAAACUCAAGUUUCAGAAAACUUUAUUACUCGGAUAAACUCAGUGUUUCUCAUUGAGAACACAUAAGCAAAAAGCCAAUUUGGAAACUUUCUGUGGUCCAAGUCGAUUUCCUAAAACACUCGAACGCAAAUCACUCGAACGUUUUAUGAUUCUGUUAUUGUUGACAUUCAAUCAACAACAUAUCACUGUUUUGCGGGAAAAUUCCAUUAACUUCGGCGCUUGCAUUUUGUGAAAAAGUGGAACAAAAAACAAUAAUAAAAAACAGCAAUAAAAAA